AUGGUUUUCAGUUCUCUAACAACACCUCAGAUGUGUGGCCUUUUUGCCAAGCAUCUGUCAUUUCAUAUUAUUGGAGCACUUGUUAUAUCCCUGGGGGAUGCAGCUUUCUAUAAGUUUGCAGUGACUAAACCAAGAAAGAAGGCAUAUGCCGAUUUCCACAGAAAUUAUGAUUCCAUGAAAGAUUUUCAGGAGAUGAGGAAGGCUGAUAUUUUUCAGAGUACAAAGUCAUUUUGGAAUAAGUGGGCACAGGAGUCAGCCUGUAGAGGGCGCCAGAGGCAGUGCUGGGGGAAGCGGGCUCCGGGCUCUGGGGGGCUGGCCCAGAGGCUCCAGAGGCGGAAGCCUGUCUAG